UAGUUUUCCAGCCUUUUUGUUCCCCUCAUCACCCCACAGCGCCACUUCGGUCGCUGUUCUUUAGCGCACCUUUAACCUCAACGGCUUCCACAGCGAUCCCGUGUUGAUACCUGCAUCAGAACAAACAUCCAAGGGACAGCCCCAGCAUGUCUUUUCGCGGCGGCUUCGACCACCGCGGUCGUGGUGGCCCCCGCGGUCGUGGUGGCCCCCGCGGGGGAGGCUCUCGUGGCGGCGGAGCUCCUCGCGGUGGCUACGGCCGCGGAGGCGGUGCCCCUCCACCAACCGUCUUCAGAUCUCCUGGAGGACUCCGUGCUCCCGAUGCGAUAGUCACCCGCGCCGAGGACGCCAUCCAGGCGAGCAGAAAGGGCCUCAGCCUCGACCGCCUCCAGCUCAAGGAGGCCUUUCCCGUACGACCCGGAUACGGCACAAAGGGCAAGGCCGUGGUUCUCUGGAGCAACUACGUUACCUUUGACGUCUCCACGAAGCUCGUCCUGUAUCGCUAUGACGUUUCCAUCCAGCCUACCGCUCCGAAGAGGAAGACGACCCAGGUCGUGCGCCUCUUGCUGCAGUCGGCGGCGUUGGAUGCCGUCCGAGAAGACGUCGUCACUGACUUUAGGUCGACCCUCAUAUCUCGUCGCGAGUUCCCUGAUCAGGUCGUCCAAAUCCCAUACCGCGAGGAAGGCGAGGAUGAAGCGGCGGAAAACGCCACCGUCUACGCGGUCACGCUGCAGCGCACCAACGUCCUAUCCGCUUCCGAGCUCAUCGAGUACGUCACGUCGACGAGCAUGUCGACAAACAUGAAUCACGACACCAAGCUGCCCAUGAUUCAGGCCUUCAACAUCUUCCUCAAUCACUACGCCAAGUCGGCUGGCAACCUCGCCACCAUCGGGUCGUCCAAGACGUUUGCCAUGAACGCGGCCGCCUCGGAUCAGCUCGACCUCGGCGGCUGUCUCACCGCUAUCCGCGGUUUCUAUGCCAGUGUCCGCGCGGCCACGGCCCGCGUGCUCGUCAACGUCAACGUCAGCCACGGGGCAUUCUACCAAGCGGGCCCGCUUGACCGCUUCAUGCUGACGUUUGGCUCGGCUCGUGGGCUGCCCAAGCUGGAGCGCACGCUGAAGAAGCUCCGCGUCGCGACGACGCAUCUCCGUGAAAAGAGGAACCGACAGGGCCAAGUCAUUCCACGCGUCAAGACCAUUAUUUCUUUAGCAGGCCCCCGCGAUGGCCAAGGCCUGCCGCAUCCACCCCGAGUGCAAGCUUAUGGCGCGGGGGCCAAGGGCGUUGAGUUUUGGCUCGAUGCUCAGCCCGCGACAUCCUCUUCCCCCGCCGGCGCGAAGAAAGGAGGCAAGGGCGGUAAAGCCAGUCAGGAGAAGGCUUCAUCUGGAGGAUGCUACAUCUCCGUUUACGAUUUCUUCUUGAAGACGCACAACAUCAAAAUCGCCAACCCUGCCCUGCCGGUCGUCAACGUCGGCACGCGCGAAAGGCCUUCCUACCUUCCUGCCCAGGUCUGUUCUGUUCUCCCCGGUCAGGCGGCACAGACGAAACUCGAUCCUGGUCAGACGCAAAACAUGAUCAGGUUCGCCGUCCGUCGGCCGGCAGAUAAUGCAACAUCCAUCGUCGCGCAGGGUCUCAGCACGGCUGGCCUUUCUCCUACCACCAACCCAUUGCUAGCAUCGUUUGGUAUCACGGUUGGCUCAGACCUCGUUACCGUUCACGGUCGCGUUCUGGCCAGCCCGAGAGUGCUGUACAAGUCCAACCAAAAGGCACAAAUGAUGGCUGGAGGCUGGAACAUGGUUCCUCACGGCGGCCCAGCCCUCAAGUUCAACACUAGCAUGGCCCUUGGGAAGUGGUCGUGCUUGUACAUUGAUCUCCCUGAUGCCAUGUACGGCGGUGCUCACAAAUUCACUCUGGAAAGCCUCACGGACAUCAUGAAGAAGUUCCACGCCGUCCUGCGAGACACGGGCAUUGCCGCGAGCGCGCCCGUGCUGCCGCUGAAGCGCUUGGCCCUUCGCGACGAAGAGGACCCGGCGCUUGACGCGAUUCUCCAAGGCGCUGCGAAAGACCUGGAGCUCCUCUUCGUGGUGCUGCCAGCCGGCCCAAUUCCUCUCUAUAACCGCAUCAAGCAUCUCGGUGAUGUGAGGUACGGCAUCCAGACCAUCUGCUGCGUCGGCAAGAAGCUUGCCAAGCCUGGCGGUCAAGACCAGUAUUUCCGCAACGAGGCCCUCAAGUUCAAUCUCAAGCUCGGCGGCAGCAACCAGAUCGUGGAGCCCAUGCGGAACGACUUGAUUGCAGAGGGCAAAACCAUGGUUGUCGGCAUCGACGUCACUCACCCGUCUCCGGGAUCCUCCUUUUCGGCUCCCAGCAUUGCCGGCAUGGUUGCCAGCGUCGACAAGGCCAUGGGGCAGUGGCCGGCCGUCUUGAGGAUCCAGCCCGAGAGACGACAAGAAAUGGUGGGGGACCUCAAAGAGAUGCUCCUGUCUCGUCUCAAGCUCUGGCGCACCAAAGGCAAGAACGCGUCGCUUCCUGAAAACAUACUCGUGUAUCGCGACGGCGUCUCAGAGGGGCAGUAUCAGCUUGUUCUUAGUGAGGAACUGCCGCUCCUUCGUGCUGCCUGCAAGGAAGUGUACCCGGUCGACACGCAGAAGAAGGGACUGCCUCGCAUGACGGUCGUCAUUGUCGGGAAGCGACACCACACACGCUUCUACCCAACCUCGGAGGCUGACAUGGACCGUUCCGGCAACACCAAGCCCGGUACGGUUGUCGAUCGCGGCGUGACCGAGGGCAGAAGCUGGGACUUCUUUCUCCAGGCACACACCGCCCUUCAGGGUACUGCGCGGCCAGCGCACUACGUCGUCGUGCUGGACGAGAUCUUCCGCGCGAGGCACGCCCGUGCCACAUCCGAGGCAGCCGCCGCAGACGAGCUGCAAGAGCUGACGCAAAACAUGUGCUACACCUUUGGACGCGCAACCAAGGCGGUGAGCAUCUGCACGCCGGCGUACUAUGCGGACAUCCUCUGCGAGAGGGCCAGAUGCUACCUGUCGAGCCUGUUUGAAGGAUCGAGCAACGCGUCCGUGGCGGAGAGCGCGGGCGGCUUUGGCGGCGCCAGCGACGAUAUCAGGGUACACGAGAGACUCAGAGACACGAUGUUUUACAUCUAGCGACCAGUUGGGGAGGGAGUUGGGCCAGCUCGGCGUUUGGGACCGAGGCGGAUCAUAUCAUGGGGGUAAAAAAUCAGGCGUUCGUUAUUAGUCUCAGAUUGGCACAAGGAGGGCGCACGAGCGCGUUGAGAGAUAUCGCAGAUGGUACGAAAAUUUGAUUUAGUACAGCGUUUGACACCCAUCAAUUUACAGUUCCCAGACUUGCCGAGGG